UCUCUAGAAUCUUAUUCAGGCUGUGCACUAGGACCCUGCAGACACCAUAACCGUCCGACUGAAUCGGUUGAACCUGGUAAAGCAAAUACACCAUAGUUACCUGAUGCUACUGUGUUGACAGAGUAGUUCCUGUGUGAGUUGUGGAGGGCACAGACUCAUUGUUGGACCUUCACCAGAAAGAUGGUAUGGAUGCACCAGAUCAGAAAUUCAGUAAUACAGAUGGGAAUGUUUUGAAUCAUCAGGAAGCUGGGAGCUCUGUGCCAAAGGAGAUUAUUUUUACAUCAGUUGAUUGAAAACUUAUCUAUUUACACUUCUGGUGUCAAGCUAUUGCUUAGUAUCACCAGUGUCCUAUCUUCCAUCUGUGCAUCUCUAAUUCUGAACAUCCUUCUUCACCUGCUCAUUCUAGCUUAGAACUGUUUGGAACUUUCCACUUUCAUCCUGGCAUGACCCUGCAAAUCCCCAUCCCACGUCCCACUUACUCCCCAGCUCGAGAGAAUCUUAUCAAGGCAGUGCCGCCCCAUUUGAUCUGCUCUCUGGUGUGUGGAGGGAAGGAAUGUCGAUAUGAGGGACCUGGUGACUGGACCUUGCAACAACAAGCAAUCCGGGGUGUGUUCUCAGCAUGGGUCACUGAUAAGAUCCUAGCUAUGGCAAGACCAUCCACACAACUCAAUAAGACGUUCAGCAUCAUCAACCAGUUCAAAGGGUUAAAUAUCAAGUCUCUGAUAAAUCUGCAGGUACCUGGAGAGCAUAAUCAUUGUGGAGACCCCUUGGAGUUAAAGAGUGGAUUUUCAUAUUUACCUGAAAUCUUCAUGGAGAAUGAUAUUUACUUUUUUAACUUUGGAAUGACAGAUUUUGGAGUCUCUUCGCUGGUGCGUUUGCUGGAUGUGGUGAAAGUGAUAUCGUUCGCAGUGCAGGAGGGCAGGGUGGCUAUACACUGUCACGCAGGACUCGGGAGAACAGGGGUCCUGAUUGCUUGUUACCUGAUCUAUGCCACAAGGGUCAGCCCCAGUGAAGCUGUCCAGUUUGUCCGGAUCAAGCGUCCCUUCUCCAUCCAGACCCGCACACAGAUUGACUUGGUAUUUGAUUUUGCCCAGUUUGUAGACUCUCAAAGAACAAUCAUUACAAAUGUGAGCUUGCAUGCUCAGCCCAUCACCCUGCAGCAGCAUCUUUACCGCCAGCAGCACCUCCUGCAUGGUUACGAAGCACGCCGUCUCAAGUAUGUGCCCAAAAUGGUGGACUAUGCCUGCAAGAGGCUUCUGCAGAUAGCAUUUGAUAAGCAGGAUGAUGCAGCGGUGCAGGUGGAGAAACAAAAGGAGACGAAUAUCCACAUCAUGACUCUAUUCAUCAGAGAGACAAUCACUUCCUUCAUUUCCUUGCCAGCGUCUCACCUGGCAAACCAGGUACAUGUGGAUCCCGACAAUGUGCUGAGACCUCCCGUGGGCACAACUAGUUCACUUAAACCGGGCACUCCCCAGUUUCAAUCCAGCAAAUUUGGCAGAUUAUCACGAUCCCUCAGUGACUCCAAUCUCUCCACAAUGUCUUGGAGGCAUCAAGCACAGGAUCUCCAUGGUCAAUGGACUAUAUCGGUGGGUCAACAUCAAAUGGACACUUCGGAACAGUUCUUCAGUGGGCCAAACAAUCCAUUGAAAUACUCCAUCAGCUGUGAAGGGAGGAGCAACUUUGCAGGGGACAGGAGCCAGACACAGACUGACCAGGCAGCACAGCUCAUCCUCCCUCGACGAACAAACUCUCUACUGAACUUCGGUAGCCUGGCACUCACAACUGACAAGAAGGGUAAAUUCUAUGGAAACGUCUCGGUUAAAGAACGUGUCAGAAAAACAGAUGGGUAUUGGUCUCUUGUGGAAAUGGUUGCCAAGGCAAUGUCAGAGGGACCAGAGAUAGACAAUGACUUAUUGUCCAAAGUCCACCUUUGGCAGGUGGAGCUAAAUGAGAAUGAAGGGGCUUGGGGCCGACUAGGUGCAGAGGAAGACCCCCGGAUUCUUAGUGCGCUGAUGUGGUGCUGGCUUGAACAUCUCAAGGAGCCAGUGUUGAAAUCAGAGGAUGUAGUAAUACUGUUGUCAAAACCAACAGACAAGCAUAAUCUUGUUGGCUUGGAGAAGUGCCAGGAUGGGACAAUUAAUGGCAUCUUGGAUUACAUCAGCAAACUCACUGGUUUGCCCUCUUUAAUGGAAGAUGCCAUAAUUCACCGGUUGAUCCAAGCACUAACUCAGAGUGGGGAAGAGAAGGUGAAGCAUUUUGCUGCAUUCUCGCAGAAACUGAAAACGGUCAUCAGGGAAAAACGCUCACAUUUUCUUUUCACUCGGGGCAUGGUAAAGACAACAACUGUUGUGAAGCUAGCCUCACAUGGAAAAAACAAGUGAAAACAACAUUUCCUGGUUUCCUGGUUCCUACAAACCUUAAUUGCUGCCAAAUAAAAUGGGAAUUUUGCAGGUAUUUAAGAGCACACGGUGGAGGCAGAGGAGAAGUUGGCAGUUACAAAUAAAGGUUUACUGAAAUGUGGCAGAUAAUUUCUCGAAGUAGAAGGCAUACUCAAGUGGGAUGCAGAUAAGCAAAGACAUUGGCAGAGUUGUUUUAAUUUCCCUAAGCUAGCCACCUGGUCAUGCUUCCAAUGUGUGACCCUUUGGCAUAGUGGGAGGAUUUGAACCUCUGGAUCAGAAUGUAUAGGGUACAAAUCGUUUCCCAGUGGUUCACGUGGGCUGGGAUUGUAUCUCCAACUCUGAGGGCUGGGAUUUCAGGCUACGAGCUAACUAUAUCAUGUGCUUGAUGUCCAUAUUUCACCCAACAUCUUGUAAGUUGCAGAUGUCUAUAAAACACUACUAAUGCUCCUCACCGCUGCAGUGCAAGGACUGUUGGGAUAAAGAUAGUAGAAGAAGCAUGAUUGCAGAUUCAAUGGUUAGUUCGAAAAGGGAUGAAUAUUACAUGAGAAUUCAUUACUCGACUCACUUGGCACUUUACUCUGUAUUUAACUCAACCUAUACUUGCCCUUGGAGAAUUUGAGGGCAGCUUAUUCUACAUUUAACCCUUGCUUCACCUGGAAUAGAGUUGUAGAGCCAGAGAUAGGGCACAGAAAUAGGCCCUUUGGCUCAUCAGAUUUGCACCAACCAUGAAUCACCCAUUGAAACCAAUCCUACAGUUUUUUAUUCAUCUUGCAUUGCAAGGAGAGUAUCAGUGACAAACGUGGAUUUCUGUUCAUUUUCCUGCUCCUGUUACUGAAGUAAUGUUGAGGGUAUAACAGUAACAAGUUUAAUAUAUAUACACCUGGUUAUUUUUGUGUAUUAUUGUAUGAAAGAAUUUGCCUUCAUUGAUGCAUUUUAUAUUCUUACUUUGUAGUAAUUUAUUAAAUUAUGCUAAAGUUGACUGUUAAUUAAAUCUGUCAAACCAAAUGUCACUGCCUCACUUCUUCAGAGUUAAUUAUUAUCCUGAAUAAUCGAUGAAUCUGUAAAGUUACACUGUGAGUAAUCUUUGCCUUCCUGAAUAAAUGAGAACUGGGUUCCUGUAUUGCUUUAAUCGCAUCAGUUAAUCCCAUUGGGUGACUGACCUACUUCUGUUUAAGAUAAAUAUCUAUUUGUAGAAUAGGAUAGCUCAAGUUGUAACAAAAGUAUCUAUUCACCAUCUGUAUCAGAUAUUCAUACUGCACACAAUUAUUGCUUGGAUUAUGUUUAGAUUUAUUAUGUUCAAUCAAUAAACCUUGCCUUUGUGUAUGAUUAAAUAAAUUCUCUGCUGCUCUAU